AUAUGUACCGUUUCCGUUUCCGCAUUGCCGAUUUCCGUCAUGAUCAUUAUAGAUGUAGCGCGCAUGCGCAGGAGUUGUUGUUGUCGUUGCUGCCGCCAUGAUUUAUAUUAAAGUCUCACUACAGCUAAACUCAAGUGUUUGUUUCUCGCUUAAAGAUGUCUACGACAAUCUUAGCCCCGCACUACAUACAUGUCAGUUCACCUUCUAUUUUCAGAUUGCAAGGUGUACCUUUGCGACUUUCAUCGCGAACAAGCUUGGAAUAUGGGGCUCAAGAAAACAGAUCAUAAUCCCUUUAAUGACCGAGAGGAGGUUUUAUGCAGACUCAGACGUAUUGCCAGACCACAAUCUGAGUCCGAGUACAAAAAUGCAGUGGACGAUCUAAAGGCUAGUCCAGUGUGGCAAAACAGUAAACUGCGUAAAUGGAUAGAAAACACUUGGCUACCUGAGUAUAAAAGAUGGGUGUGGGCGUAUCGAGGUGACCGUCUUCUUAUCAGUGGCCAUACCAAUAAUGGCAUUGAACGUCAGAAUGGCGUUUUUAAACACGAGUACCUCCAAACGCAUUCGAGGCGUACCCUCAGUGGAAUGGUGGAAGUCUUGGUAAAAGAAUUUCUACCUGACCAGUACCAAGGAUAUGUUUAUGCAAACAGGAGAGCAUCAUCUACACGCAGAAAGUACAAUGUUAAUGUUCCGGUAUACCUGCGAAAUCGUCCUGCCUUCCUAAUCAGGCAUUGCUUGGAAAUGUUACAGCUUGCUGAACAGACAUCCUGAUUUGAUUGCAUGUGAUUUCCUUUACAAUUUGUAAAUUUUUUAUUUCUUCAUAAUCACGUGCUGCUAUGUAAAACAUCAGAAUAUAUCACACACUUGUCUAUAUUACUUGCAUAUCACCUGUAUAACAGUUGUUCUGCUUUCUGAUGAUACUCGACAUAUCAUUACAA